GCUUUGGGCUGACAUUCGGUCCAAAUUAUGUCAAAUAAAGUGUCAAGUGUCAAAUCAAACGUAAGCAAGACAAGUGGCUGAAGUGUAAAUAAUAAAUUUUCUUUGCACCAGCAAGUAAAAUUGUAUCAAUCGGCGCAACAAUUGCAUUCCAGUAAAGCAGUACUUAAAAACUAGCAUAAAAUGGCUUCGGCUACGGUGCCACUGCUAGAGGAUGAUACGAUUCCAUUCGGCGAGGAGGAUGAAAUGCGUGAUCCAAGUGAAGGCACUAAAAAAUACGCACAUCCUUACGUUACCUUUUUCCACCUUUUCUUCCGCGGCGCUGCUGUAGUUAUAUACAUGUUCUGCAGCUGGUUCAGUGACUCCUUCAUAACCAGCUUUGUUUUUGUGGUGCUAUUUCUGUCAGCAGAUUUUUGGACUGUCAAGAAUAUUACUGGUCGUUUGCUGGUCGGACUACGCUGGUGGAAUUACGUAGACGAUGAAGGUGUAUCACAUUGGGUAUUCGAAUCUAAAAAGGGGCGUGUAAACAACAAUGAGGCGCGCGUUUUCUGGUUAGGAUUAAUACUAUUUCCCGUGUGUUGGGGCCUCUUCUUCUUGGUGGCACUUUUCGGUUUGAAAUUCAAAUGGUUACUGCUGGUGAUGAUUGCACUUGCACUUAAUGGCGCCAAUUUGUUUGGCUAUAUUAAGUGUAAUUUCGGUGCAAAUAAGGACCUCAAUUCGGCGGCUACAGAUUUCGUUAAAACGCAGCUGUUCAAAAAUGCCGUUGAUAUGAUGACGAAGCCGAGUGCGCAACCACCUACUACGCGGCCAACCAACGUUGUGUAGUAUGUUAAAGCAUAUAUAUUCUGUUAAAAAUUAGAACUUAUAUUUAAAUUGUGUAAAAUUAGUAUUAGUUAGUUUGCCUUUCGUUGAUUUUUACAGAUUUUUUUUUCAAAUUU